AUGGCGGUGGUGGGCGGCGCGAUGGUGCGCGCGGGGCGCGUGGUGUUCGAGGGGUCCGUCAUGCUGGGCUCGCUCGCCGCGCUCUUCGCCACCGGCUGGUGGUUCCUCGUCGCGCGCCUCUACAAGGACUACGAGGAGCAGUACCUGGCAGUGGAGGUGCUCUUCGCGGCUGUCUUCGCGCUCUCCUGCAAUCUGCUGCAGCUCGUGCUUUUUGAGAUCCUGCCCGUGCUCGGCACCAGUCGCCUCCUGCUCGCCCAACGGCACGGCAGGCAUGAGGAGGGGCGUGGUGCGCUCACCCACCUCCCAUCUGCCCUACAUUGCCGCUCUGCUCUCUCAUCCAUCUCUCCCAUGCGCACUGCUCACCCCAUCAGCAUGAGGAGGGAGCGUGCAGCAGCGGGGGCGGUGGUGUUUCUGGGAGGCUUCCUCUACCUCUUUUGGCGCAUGGGCAUCUCCUUCCCCAUGCCCACUCCCGAUAAAGGUCUUUUCACAGUGGCGCAGAUGGUGAGUCGAGUGGGGGUGAUAGGCGUGACACUCUUGGCUGUGCUGUCAGGCUACGGGGCGGUCAACCUGCCUUACACCUACCUCUCGCUCUUCAUCAGAGAGAUUGACGAGGCGGAGAUAGGCUCAUUGGAGCGGCGGCUGAGGCACGGCAUGGAGAUGCUGGUGGGGAAGAAGAAGUGCGCCUUGCUCAUGUGCAUGCACCUCGACCGCACCCACCCGCACCUCUACCGCACCCACCCGCACCUCAUGCAGGAGCUGCAAGGGGGCACACGGGGUGCGUCAGUGCUGCGACGAUUCGUGGGUCUGCUGAUGCGCGCCCCCAGGGAGGAGGAGAGGGACGAAGAGACCAUGCGGCUGAAGGGCUACCCGCCGCUGCUGCUAGAGCUGCAUGCCACGGAGGCAGAGAUCAAGGCCCUUGAAGCGCUCACCCGCUCGCUCUUCCUCAACAUCUGCACCCUUAGGGAGGAGAAGGCAGCCAUGGCGUAUUCACGCACGUGGAAGGGACAUGUGAAGAACAUCUUCGGCUACAUCGGCUCUGCUUACUGUAUUGCCAAGAUGUACACGUCCACGCGGACAAUCAUCACCAAGGAGAUGGGCAUGGGCGACCCUCUGACGAGAGCGCUGGGCUUCAUUCUCAAGUUCUUCCACAUCAGCCUCAACGUGCUGCUCGUAUCGCAGUACGUCUCGCUGGUGUUCAUAGGCAUCCUCAUCACCGUCUCCAUUAGAGGCUUCCUCACUAACCUCACCAAGUUCCUCUCAGCAGUGUCAGGGGGCGCCAGUGGAGCCUCAAGCAACGCGGUGCUCUUCCUGGCGGAGAUCAUGGGCACCUACUUCGUCUCCUCCAUCCUCCUUAUAAGAAACAGCCUCGCGCUGCAAUACAGGCUGUUGAUCACGGAGGUACUGGGAGGCGACAUACAGUUCAACUUUUUCUACAGGUGGUUCGAUGCCAUCUUUGUUGCCAGCUCUGUCAUCACCAUUGUGGUCUUUGCUGCUCAGCACACCUCAAAGCGAACAGACAAGCACCCCAUUGAUUAA